GGUUCUUGCUCGUCGUGACCUGGCAACCAAGUGAAAGCUUUCAGACGCUUUAUCCCAAACAGCAAAAAGAAUCCAGGCUCUGUCUGUUUUGUUGCCACAAUCAAGUUAUUAGAGUAAAUUAUAAAACUGAAGGGUUGCUUCAGCGUGAACAUCCAACAUGUCUUCGAGAACACUACCUCUUCUCUUCAUUAAUCUCGGUGGAGAAAUGCUUUACAUCCUGGAUCAACGCCUACGAGCUCAGAAUAUCCCAGCCGACAAAGCCAAGAAAGUAAUGAAUGACAUCAUCACUACCAUGUUCAAUAAGAAGUUCCUGGAGGAGCUGUUCAAGCCACAGGAGCUGUACUCCAAGAAGGCCUUGAGAACUGUUUUUGACCGACUGGCCCAUGCCUCAAUCAUGAGGCUCAACCAAGCCAGCAUGGACAAGCUCUAUGACUUGAUGACCAUGGCUUUCAAGUAUCAGGUCCUGCUCUGUCCACGACCAAAGGACAUCUUGCUGGUCUCCUUCAACCAUAUGGACGCCAUCAAAGACUUUGUGAGAGACACACCCAGCAUCCUCAGCCAGGUGGACGAGACGUUUCGCCAGCUCAUAGAGAUAUAUACCCCACUGUCAGCUGGGGAGUUGCAACUGAUCAGGCAGACCCUCCUCAUAUUCUUCCAAGACAUGCACAUACGAGUGUCCAUAUUCCUGAAAGACAAAGUACAGAAUUCCAAUGGGCGUUUUGUGCUCCCGACGUCUGGUCCAGUGCCAUGUGGAACACAGGUUCCUGGACAGAUGAGGCAGUUCAGUUGCUCUGGCGAGGAGCUUAAGAGACUUCAGUUCUCCAAUGGUGGGAACUAUACCAGUGCUCUCCGUGAGGGCUCGUUUGAAAUGUUUGGCGAGAGGGUAAUCAAGUUGGGCACAAACAUGUAUAGCGUGAGUCGUCCUGUGGAGACCCACAUGUCAGGGACAUCAAAGAACUCUGCACAGCACACCAAGGUGAAUACUGCACCCAACCCUCUUGCAAAAGAAGAACUAAAUCUGCUUGCAAAGCUGAUGGGGGGCUUGGAGAUGCAGACGCCUACCAGCACAGACUCAGGGUUCCGUGUGAACCUAUUUGCCACAGAUGAAGAAGAGGAAGAAGCUUUAAUAUCAAGACCGGAUGAGCUGUCAUAUGAAGUUAUAAAUAUCCAAGCAACCAAGGACAAACAGGCCAAUGCCGAGCUGGCCAAAAUCAUGGGGGAGUUUGGUGAAUCUGGAGAUCCCGCCCCUACCUCCAGCAGCAAAGGAGAUGACCUGCUGGCCAUGAUGGACGGCCUGUGAUGCAGUGUGGGUCUGUAGCGGUCCUCAAGGCUAAGGCUAAGCAGGUUAGGCACAGUCAUGGUGUCAUGCUGUGGACAAGGCAUGGAGUAGACUGAGUACCUUUGCCUCACAGCUAGUGUGGACCCGUAUGUGCCCCACACAAGGCACAACCUCCAUUGUGUGUGUUUAUAGAGUGGAGGUGUGAUGGGAGGACGACUCAGGUUUUGGCUCAUCAAGGUAUUUUGGGUCAUCAAAAAUCUGCUGCAAUAGUUUACCUUUCGGGCAGAGGGCAAAUUGUUUGCUUCAGUGUAUUGUGUGUGUGUGUGUGUGUGUGUGUGUGUGUGUGUGUGUGUGUGUGUGUGUGUGUGUGUGUGUGUGUGUGUAUGGCCGCGACUAGAAUCACCUCAGAGCAUUUCUUGGUGUUGCUCCUUCAUGGGCCCCAAAGCUUUCCCGAACAGUUGGUGCCACACUGUGUUUCAUCAGCACCAGGAAGUGCUUUACAACAGCUUAUUAAGGUUGCAUUGCUUUUCCAUACCACCAGGGGGCAUACUUCAUCUACAGUCAUUUUGCAAUGGUAAAUCAUGUGUAAUUGAAAUGCUGGUGUUCUAUAACCAAUGUGUUAACCAAAUACUAGUCCCCAGGCUUAGUUUCUGUCAUUGCUGUAAGGUUAUCAUGUUCAGUUUGGUUAAACACUUUCAGAAUCCUCAUUUCAAUUACUCAUGGUUUCAGUUGUUAACAUAAGAGUUGCACAUGCUGUGCAUGUUAGUUGUUUGAGAGGUUUUCAGCUCCUUGAUCCAGCACCUGCCGUAAAAGCCCAGGCAAUUGUUAAUGUGUCAAGAGAGUGAAGACAGAAAACCUAAGUGCACUUGUCAUUGUGUUUCAAAGUUGUAUAUCCAAAAAUAUAUGUAUGAACUGAAUGUUAUUGUCAGUUGGUCACAAAACUUUAAAUGGUCAAAUUUUAAGAAAUGUUGCCUAGUCCAUGGUUUAAAACAUUUUACUGACUCACCACUGUAAUGAAUUUGAUAAUAAUGUAGACGCCAAUAAGGCCCCAAUUACAAACAAUUUUGUGAAUACAUUUUUGAACUUAUUGUGGUUAUUUAUUGACGCAUUUCAUUGCAUCUGUGUUUUUAUUCUUUCUGUGAAAUAGACCAUAUGUUUAUGAAAACAAUAUUCUGUCUUUCUUUUUUUCAUUAGUUUUUCCCCAAAAGUAGUGUGAAUAAAAAUUCUCUGAACUUG